AUGGAAUAUUCCUCCAAAGUAUUUGUCCUACUUUUUCUUGGCAUCCAAGUCGUUUUGGUAACUUGUAUUCAAUUUGAAGUUGGAGACAAGACCUAUGGAUGGGAGGUCCCCAAAACAGAAUACUACCAACAAUUAGUGUACAACGAAUGGGCCUCAAAGAAAAGGUUCAAUGUUGACGACACUCUCUAUUUCGGUUACGAUGCAUUUGCAGACUCAGUGUUGGUAGUGAGCAAGGAAGAUUACGAAAAGUGCCAUUCGGAUCGCCCCAUUUACUACUCAAACGAUGGUCACACAGUGGUGACAUUGGACCGACCCGGUCUGUUCUAUUUCAUGAGUGGGGUUGCUGAACACUGCGAGAAAGGGCAGAAGAUGGUCGUCAAAGUCUUGGAACCAGCUGGGGUUGAAACCCCACCUGCUGAUGCUGAUCAAUCUGAAAACCAGAAUUCAUCUGAGUCAUUACCACAACACAAGAAUAAUAACAAUAAUACCACUGGUGCACUUGCUGCCAUUUCUUCUACAACUAUUAUCUUCUGCAUCAUGACCUCUCUCCUUGGUCUCUUUUUCUUCUAAAUUAAUGCCACUGGUGAUUAUUUUUGUUGUUGAAAUCUUGUCAAAAAAUUGUGUGGUAGCUAAAGCCCAGGGAGGCCCAAAAGAAUUUGUCAUUGCCAGUUGUUGGGUCUUGACAUCCCCACCCCAACAAGAACAACAUAAAUAUAUGAUUAAUAUUAAUAAUAAAAGCAGGAAAUGAUUAAUUAUAUAUUUGCAUAUCUUGCAAGCUCCUCAUAAAAAUAAAAAUAAAAAUAAAAAACUUAUAGCCUGCUUUAAACGCUAUCUAUCGUACAUGCAUCACAUAUAUACUCGCAUCGCAUACUACUACUAGUCAAAGAGAUAAAACAAUAUAAUAUAAUUGAAGCAUGUUCGAGAUGCAGCAGAAGAGAACAGAACGCCAUUUGGCCAAUCAACCUCUCCCAUCAUCACCCCCAUAACCCACC